AUGGCUGCCCACGCAAAGCGCCCCGAAAUCAUCCAACUGUCCCGCGAUUUGCGGGGCGUUCCGCAGUGCGACGACUAUGAGCGUAUGAUUUCAGGAAUGAUGUACAACCCACUCUCUCCCAAACUGGCCGAGGCACGUCAUAUUUGCCGCGGCCUUGCCGACGACUACAAUAAACUCGACACCAAGUCAAUUUCCUGGGAUCAAGUGUCCGACAAACGACUGGAACUACUCCGCAAGGUCUGCGGGAAAGUUGGGGACGGCACAUUCGUGGAACCUCCCUUUAGACCAGACUACGGCUGUAACGUCGUUAUCGGAAAAGACUGUUUUGUCAAUUGGAAUUUGACCGUGUUGGAUACCAGCCUGGUCGUCAUUGGUGACCGAGUUCAGAUUGGUACCGGAGUGAGCCUUCUGACCGCUGGACACGACACAAGUAUCCUCUCACGUCGCAAAUUUGUUGAAUUCGGACAUCCUAUCUUCAUUGAGGAUGAUUGCUGGAUUGGUGCCAACGUAGUAGUCCUGCCUGGUGUACGUAUCGGUCAGGGUUCAACCAUUGGUGCAGGAUCGGUCGUCACCAAGGACAUUCCUCCGUUUUCCGUUGCAGUCGGAACACCGUGUCGCGUGAAGAAGACGAUUCAGUCAGCGGAGGACGAGGAACAGGAUCCGAAAAAUCCUUAUCGUGAUCUUGUGCGUGAGUUCUAG